UGCCUUCCCCUUCACUGUCCCACCCUUCUUCCCUUGCUGAUGCCUGUCUGGGUGACCAUGUCUGUCUUCUCCUCCCCAGGUGACCAGGCAUUGAUGCACCCCCAGGGAGGCCACGUACUCAAGGAGGCCACCCCCGCUGGCUGCUGCUCACAUGGUUUCUGGGCCCCUGGCACUCCGGUGGUGCGCGUGGGCAGGGCGCGGGGACAUGGGGCCCGACAUGGAGCUGCCCAGCCACUCGAAGCAGCUCCUGCUGCAGCUCAACCAGCAGAGGACGAAGGGCUUCCUGUGUGACGUCAUCAUCAUGGUGGAGAACUCCAUCUUCCGGGCCCACAAGAAUGUCCUGGCUGCCAGCAGCAUUUACUUUAAGUCCCUGGUCCUGCAUGACAACCUCAUCAACCUGGACACAGACAUGGUCAGCUCCACAGUGUUCCAGCAGAUCCUGGACUUCAUCUACACGGGCAAGCUGCUGCCCAGCGACCAGCCAGCCGAGCCCAACUUCAGCACUCUCCUCACUGCCGCCAGCUACCUCCAGCUGCCCGAGCUGGCAGCCCUCUGCCGCCGCAAACUCAAGCGAGCCGGCAAGCCCUUUGGCUCUGGACGGGUGGGGGCCACCGGCAUGGGGCGGCCCCCCCGCAGCCAGCGGCUAUCCGCAGCCUCCGUCAUCCAGGCCCGUUAUCCAGGGCUUGUGGAUGGGCACAAGGGGGCCCACACUCCCCAGGAGCUCCCCCAGGCCAAAGGCUCAGAUGACGAGCUCUUCCUCAGCAGCUCGAACCAGGAGAGUGCUCACGGCCCGGGCCGGACCGUCUGUCCAGCCAGCGGGGAGGCCGGCCUGGGCGGCUGCAGUACUAAUGGGAGCAGUGCGGGCUGCGAGCAGGAACUGGGCCUAGACCUGUCUAAGAAGAGCCCCCCCCUGCCCCCCACGACCCCCGGUCCCCCACUCACCCCAGAUGACCCGGCCCAGCUAAGCGACAGUCAGCAUGGCUCGCCCCUCUCGGCCUCCGCCCUUCCCGUUGCCAACAGUGCCUCUUAUGCCGAACUGGGGGGCACUCCUAAUGAGCCCAUGGAUCUGGAGGGGGCCGACGACAACCACCUGAGCCUGCUGGAGGGGCCCGGUGGGCAGCCCCGGAAGAGCCUCCGGCACUCGGCCCGCAAGAAGGAGUGGAGCAAGAAGGAGCCCAUGGCAGGUUCCCCCUUUGAGCGGAGAGAAGCGGGGCCCAAGGGCUCCUGCCCCGGGGAGGAGGGUGACGGGCUCGGGGACAGGGUUCCCAAUGGCAUCCUGGCCAGUAGUGUGGCAGGGGGUGGCCCUGGCGGGCCCUACGGGGAGCCCCCGUACCCCUGCAAGGAGGAGGAGGAGAACGGCAAGGAUGGGAGCGAGGACAGCGGGCAGAGCGGAAGCGAGGGGGGCAGUGGCCACAUGGGCGCCCACUACGUGUACCGGCAGGAAGGCUACGAGACGGUGUCCUAUGGGGAUAACCUGUACGUGUGCAUCCCCUGCGCCAAAGGCUUCCCCAGUUCCGAGCAGCUCAACGCCCACGUGGAGACGCACACGGAGGAGGAGCUGUUCAUCAAGGAGGAGGGUGCCUACGAGACGGGCAGCGGGGGCGCAGAGGAGGAGGCCGAGGACCUGUCAGCGCCUAGCUCGGCCUACGCGGCUGAGCCCCGGCCCUUCAAGUGCUCCGUCUGCGAGAAGACCUACAAGGACCCGGCCACGCUGCGGCAGCACGAGAAGACGCACUGGCUGACACGGCCCUUCCCCUGCAACAUCUGCGGCAAGAUGUUCACUCAGCGCGGCACCAUGACACGCCACAUGCGCAGCCACCUGGGCCUGAAGCCCUUUGCCUGCGAUGAGUGCGGCAUGCGCUUCACCCGCCAGUACCGCCUCACCGAGCACAUGCGCGUGCACUCGGGCGAGAAGCCCUAUGAGUGCCAGCUCUGCGGGGGCAAGUUCACCCAGCAGCGCAACCUCAUCAGCCACCUGCGCAUGCACACCUCCCCCUCCUAGAAGCCAAAGACCCUUCUCCUGGCCUGAGGGCACCCUCUGCAGACUCGCCCUCGGGAGCCAGCGGAAGGAGGAAGCAAGGAGGCCAGGCAGGCGGGGCCAGGACCCCCAGGUCCAGCAGGGGGGGCUCUUGGCACCUCUGGCCAGUCCCCACACCCAGAGCUUUAAUCGACAGUUUGUACCAAGGGAAGAGAGAGGAGGGCGGCUGGUGGGCCCGAGCCCUGCGUGCAUGUUGCUGGUGUGCGGUCUAC